AUGUGCCAUACAGAUGUGCGCAGAAAGGCGGGGACCGGGGCACUAUCAGACUUUUUACGCGCGGUAGAACACUUCUCCUGUCCCGCAGACGCCAAACGAGGAGUCAUGGAGGCUGCCAUUCAAUCCCUGGUGAAGGUCUACCUGAAGUCCAGCAAAGGAAAAGAAAACCUGAGAAAGAAGGACUUCCAGAACCUCGUCUCGAGCCAACUCAGCAACAUCCUCUCGGGCACGGACAGUAAGGAGGCCAUCAACAACAUGGCUGCUGGGCUGGAUGAGAACCAGGAUGGUAAACUGGGCUUCCCGGAGUACAUGAAGCUGAUCGGAUACUUGGCGGUGUCUCUGAGCGAACAGCAGGGACAGGCCAAGGAAGAGCCCAACCAAAACGCCACAGGGCAAGUGGCUCAAAGCAGCCCAGACAAAGAGGAGAAAGCUGAGGCCACAGAGGCCAAUGCAGAAGUCAAAGCUGAGCCUAAAGCUGAGCCUGAAGCUAAGCCCGAAGCCGAGCCUAAAGCCGAAGCCAAGCCUAAAGCCGAGCUGAGUGAGGUGGUGGCCGCCGCCGCAGCAGAGGUCCCCGCCACAGCGCUCUCUGUGGAACCUUCAAAGGUUGAAGUAGGAGCAGAAGUGAAGGCUGAAGGAGAGGGCCCCAAAGGAGAGACCACCGAGACCGUGGUCACCACGACAACAGUGACGACGGUGGUGAAUGAGGUGGUGAACGGAGUGAGUGAGUUCUCCGAAGUUACCAAGGUCAAAGAGGUGAAGGAGGUGGAUGGAGAGGUGGAGGUGAAGGAGGAGGUGAAGGUGGAGACAGUCAAAGCAGAGGAGGCUCCAGCUGCUGAGGAGAAGAAAGAGGAGACGGCCUCAUAG